AUGCCAAUUUUAUCCGCACACGACACUAUUCAAAAAUUCAACGCCGUCGCUGAACAGAAUGAGGAGGAGUUAAAGAAGUUGGUUUCCAUUUUUAUUUUGCCGUGUUCAAAGUAAUUUCCGCGAAAUGCAAAAUACCCGUUAGAGAAAGGAAAAUAUCACUAAAUUUUGGAGAGUCAGAGAUCAUUUUGCAUUUCGCGGAAAUUACUUUGAACACGGCAUUUGCUAUAUAUUUUUGAGGAAAUCAUCUUAAAUCUUUGUUAUUCUUAUUUUUCCAUUUUCGUGACAUCAUCUUUUUUUAACAUUGUUGCCACUAAAAAAAGCCUCGAAAGUCGUUGGAAACUUCUUUUUAUUGUUUUUUUCCUUGUUGUACUCUCAGCAAAAUACUUCAUUUUUUUCUUUCCAAGCUUUCAAGUAAAAAAAUUUGGUAACGUUUCUUGUUGUUUAUAAUCGGUUUUUUUCAAGUACAAACGUUGAGGUCAUUUUUCACAAUCACAUAAAAUUCAAAGUAGUUUGCUCCAAGUUUUCUAGGCUCAAAGUUUUCUGCCAAAUUUGAUCUGAAAAUGGGACCAAUUAUUUUAUUCUUAUUUUAGUCUGAUUCCAUAGCGUCAUGAAUGAAAUUUGCAGAAACCCUUACUCAGACAGUUACGAUAUCCAAAAGUUUUCGGCAAAAGAUUAUGGAAGGCCGCCGCCGGGCAGCAAAACUGAAGCUAGGGGUAAAAAGGUGAGAAAAUUAUCCAAUUUUUGUUGAACUUAUGGGAUCUUUUUAGGCCGCAGCUUACAUUUGUCGAGAAUUGUUAUUUUUGUGCGAAACGAUCGAAGCCAACGCUCAUGGCGAUCCGCCGCAUCGUUGGAUCAAAUUCGGGCCUCUUUUCACCACUUAUUCGUAUUAUUCAGGAAGUGUUAGUCUUUUUUUUCUUUUUCAGCAGGAAGGUAUCAUAAAUUCGCAUUUCAUCUUGUAGUAUUUUCUCUUUGAUAUAAUCCUGGACAAAAAUACCGGGAAUGGUUUAUUUCUUCCUGAAACUUCUUCUCUAUCCUCGAUCUAUCUUCUAAUAAUAUCUUGAGCUUUUUUUUUAGUUUAAAAGUGGUUUUUAUGGACAUUUAUCAGGAGAUACUGCAUUUUUUUCUAUUUGUCUUUGUUUAAAAACGUGCAAUUUUGCUUUCUCCUGUUUCAUUUUGCUUGUUAGUUAAAUUUAAUAUAAUCUUCAGAGCUUUUUAAAAUCAUUCAAAUAAUCUUUUGAUUUUCAAUUUCUUGUUACUUGUUGAAAAAUGAUUUUUGAAUUAUCAGGCGCUAAAAAAAUUCGUUUGAAAAUCUUAAAAAUCAAACCUCUCUUUUUCAAGCUAUUAGAAGCUUUGAAUUAAUUAUUUUUGAUGAGUUUGGAGAAAAAAAUUUCAGAAGAAAUCCAUUCUUAUUACAAUUUUACAACCGCUUGAUAGUUGUAAAGAGAAUAUUUAUUUUUUUGAAAAAACGAUCAUUGAACCUUUUCAAACCGAACUUUGCCCUCUUAUUUUCGUUAUUUUCAGCUUGUCGGAAUGUUGAUCCGUGCCAGAAAGUACGGCCUAUUGCACUUUACCGGAGAAAUGCUUUAUCAAGUUCAGGACGAUGAUAAGGUGAUUCUUUAGAGGAAGCUAAGAAAGAUCCUCGCUUUAAUUGAAAUUUAAUAAACUUUACAUGCGCCAAAAGACCUAUUUUCUAUUUCAAAAUAAAUCGUUUCUUUCUACAUUCAGUAUUGAUUUUCAAAAUGAGAAAAAUGCUUUAAGGUUAUAACGAUGUUGCUUCCCCUCGAGGAGAUCAGAAAAGGUUUGGUCGCUUCUGGGGAUCCGGCCAACUGUGUGGCUAUUCGGAGGUUUGUAAAUAAAAUUUGGAGUAUUUGGAGUGGUUUGGAAAUUUGGAGUCGAUUCUAUCUGACUAAAACAACCAAUAAAUAUUGACUGAUGAUGAUAUUUUUGAUCUUCUUUUGGUUAAAAUUGGCAAUAGUUAGUCUUAGAAAAUGAUCAAAGAAGAAUUUCAUUCGAAACACCGUAAGUUUGGCCUGAAAAAGUCGAGGUUUUUUUCAAUUUGAUUGUAUGUUUGAAAAAGUUGAUAUAAAUAAAAAUCGGUUAGAAUAAAAAAAUAGAAAUGGUUCAGUUCUUUGAAAUGAGGUUUGAAUGAGAAAACAGAAAAAAACAUUUGAAAAUUUUUUUAAAGAUAUAAAAAAAUAAAUAUUGAUCUUACAGAGGCUCUUCUCUGGACACAGAACAAUCUCCAGUUUUCAUUCCACCAGAAACUUCGCACGUUUCGGAAAAAUCACAAAGACCGCUUCUCAAAUCAGCUGGAAGUCUUCAAAACGCCCGCAAGUUAGUUUCAGAAAAAAAGAAUGUUGAAAAAUCAAUAAAAAGAGCUCCGGGCGGUUACGCUCGGAUAUUGUCACUGAAAAAAAGUCUUUUGAUUUAUUUUAACUGAUUUGCUGGUUUUCAGUACAGUUGGCUGGUCCGAUGUUGAAUUGGAAAAGUGCCAGGACGCCUUGCGUACCGCCCGGAGGUAUUGGAGGGAUCACUUUAGUAGAAAUGAGGAGUUUGAAAAAGUGGUCAAAAAGUCGCACUAGCUUCAAUUUACACCAAAUUUAGGCUUGGAAGUUUUAAAUAUAAUUUUAAGAAAUUUCAAAAAUAACUUGAAAAAGAUAAAAUGGACCUGGUCAAAAAAGUUUUUCUUCAAAAAUCGGUUCUGAGAUUUUUUUUUCUCAUGCAAUCUCCUGGACUUAUUGCUGUAUUGAAAAUGAUUCCGCGGAAUCCAAAAUAGCCGUCAGAAAAAUAGAAAGAUAACUAAAUUUUGGAGAGUCAGAGAUAAUUUUGCAUUUCGCGGAAAUCACUUUGAACAAGGCAUAGUUUCUGUAUAAAAAAAUACCUUAUAAACCCCUUAAAUGACCACUCUAAAUCGUCUUUCUCUUGGUAGGUGCCAGAUAACUGAAAUUAAAUAAAAGUCACUCUUUAUUCUAAUUUUCCAAUGUAGUGGCCACUUUAGGGGUCAAUGGAUCAACAUAACUGGUCCAAUCUGUUUGUUUCAAAAUUAUCAGGGUUACUGGAAGCAAUACUGGAUGAAACUACUGAAGUGACCACUAAAUAGAGAGCCUCUAUAGUGGCCACAAAAACGGAAAAUAGUGGCCUCUAUAGAGGUUGGUUUAGUGGCCGCUUUAGUGUCCGCUCCAAGUAGUUCUUGGCAAGCCUCUAUAGUGGCCCUCGACAAUCAAAAAACUGUUUGAAGCGACUUAUUCAAAGAAAAAAUCGAAGACUGUGCCUCAAAAAUAUCUGAAACGUUCCAAUUUCCGAAUUUUUGACUAUAUUCUUCCUUUUUUUUCAAGCUUCUCCCUUCCAGAAAGUUCGAGAACACCCCAUCGUCCUCAACUGAAAAGGAACCUGAAAACCGAGGACCCAAGAAAGCCUGGAAACCGAAAGACACCUCAAAGGCGCCCGUUUUCUGCACCAACGGCUGA